CUGUGAUUUCUGUAUCUCAUCUCAGUUGGAACAAGUUAUUGGCCCAGUAUGUGGGUGAGAGGUUGGAAUUUCUCAAUGGAGGAGAGAACUAGAGUAAAAUCAUUUCACAAUAGAUUCCCUCACAGUCACUGACAACACUGGACUAUGAAUUAGUAGAUAAAGGACAGAAACUCAGUGGAACCAGCGAGUCCUUUCCCUUAUGGCUUCUUGGAUAUUUCUCCUGAUCCUUCUACUGCCGACAGCAGCGGGGUCUGUUUUUGAGAUUUCUGCUCCUUCUCCCCAACAUGUUCUUUUGGGAAAUGAAGCUCAUCUCAGAUGCACCUUCUCAGUGGCUAAACCUCCCAUAAACCCACUGCUCCUCGCUGUCCUCUGGUAUUUUCAGGAUAAGGAAAUCCUUAGAUAUGAUAACAAAGGUUUGUCCAUCAACCCAAGAGUUUCAUUCAGUAAAGAGGCAGCAAAUAAUGGGGAUGUCUCCUUGUCUCUGGCCAACAUAACCAUCUCUGAUAGAGGGAUCUACAAGUGUCUGAUCAUAUACAGUCCAGAAAAAAUGGAGAGGAAUGUGCUAUUGGAGAUCUUUGUUUCUCCAGUGAUCCAUAUCCAAAAUAAUGUUAUUCAGAAUAACAGGGAGAAUACUUUGACUUGCAUGGCCAAUGGUUUCUACCCUGCGGAUAUCAGAAUCAUUUGGCUUAGCGACAAUGAGCCCCUCACUAACUCAGAGUUGGGCAAACCAGAGAGGAACCCAGAUGGCACAUACAGAGUGACAAGCACCGUGACUUUACCCCCAAUGGAUGGGAAGAUGGAGCAUAACUUCUCCUGCAGAGUCCAACAUGUCUCUCUCCAGCAGCCUCUCCAGGAAGACUUCCAGCUGGAGUAUGAAGAUGAAAGUAACGGCUCUGUAGUCGUGGCAUGUGGUAUUGCUGUGGGGAUGUUACUAGUUGGGCUGGUAAUUGGCUCCAUAAUAUGGAAUCAGAGAAGAAAAGCAUCCUUACAGGGUUCUUGUACAGUGAGUGAGAUUAAGGGGCCAGAGAAGUUGUUGGAUGGAGAAGAGGCCACUCUUUACUGUACGGUCAGUAACUGCCCAAAGGGGGACCCACAGGUCAAAUGGAUUGAAGAGAGGUCAGGAGACCAGUGGGAGAUACCACAGUGUCGGGACUCAGGGGAAGCAGAACAACUGUUGGGUGACUCCUACUUGAUCACCUGUAGGAAAGAGGGGCUGCAAACCUACUGCUCCUCCCUGAGAUUUGUACCCCGUGUGGGGAAACACAGAGACGUGACCCUUAUCUGCAGGUUGGUCUGGGCUGGGAAUACUACAGAGAAGAGAUUCCAUUGCACAAACAUUUAUGCCAAACCAGCACAGGUAUCAGUGGUCCCAUCUCUGUGUGAGUCUGGGGAGAUCCUGUACUCUCUCACCCUGCGGGGAUUCUACCCCAGACAUAUCUCCAUCACAUGGACCUGUGGGGCAGGACAUUCCCAAGGCAGAAUAUUAUCCAGAGAACAAUAUGAGGAGAAUCUGGAUCUCACAUUCAGUGUGUGCAGUGAGGCCAGAAUUAGUGGGGACCAGUAUAAAGAUCCGGAAUUCCGAGUAGUUGUGACCUGGGAACAUGGAUCCUUGGAUGCACCGGGAUACAGCGAGUUCUCUGUGAAGGAUCCAGAAUUUCCCUGGAAACCAUUUGUGGAACCAAUACAGGACACUAAGUUUCUCCAUAACAGCCCAAGCACCCUGCAGUGCAACAUCUCCGAGUAUUUCCCUGAUGCCCUGACAGUGACGUGGCUGAGGAAAGGGGCAGAGAGUGAGGAACUAACAGAAGUGCCCAAUACUCACCCAUAUAUAAGGUCCAACAAACAGACAGAUAACACCUACAGUUACACCCCCUGUCUCCUCAUUUACCCCUCAGUGAGAGACCAGGGGGCAGAAUAUAUCUGCAGGGUGACACAUCCCAGUCUAGUCAGACCCAUAGACACAAGGACUGGCACCAUCAAUGUCUUGGCCAAACCCGUGUUACUGGAUCCUGUACAAAUGGAUCUUCUCACUAACAGCAGAAUUCAGUUCUCCAUCACCCUACGGAACUUCUACCCCCGAGAUCUUCACAUCAACUGGAGCCAUGGGGAGAAAGAGGCAAAGUUUAAUCAGCCUCCAACAGACACAGUGACCAAAACAGAUCAACUGACAUAUGAUAUCACAAGUGUCUGUAGCCUCCCUGGAUAUCAGUUCAGCAAUCCCGAAUAUAAACUCCAUGUGACCUGGAACCAUGUGACUAUGGAAGCCCCUGAAUCCAGGGAACUGUGGGUAACAGAUUUUCCUUGGCACCACAAGUAGGAGAGAUCCUGGUUCCUACACUGGGUAAGAAGAAAGUGACACUGAGCUGUAAGAUCUCUGGGUAUUUCCCUGAUGUCCUGACUGUCAGCUGGUUCAGGAACGGGGAAGGAGACCAAUCAGAAGUCCCACUGUCUGACCAAUGUGAUGGUUUAAUGGCCAAAGACUGGUUCAGGAAGGGGAAAGGAGACCAAUCAGAUUUUCCACUGUCUGACCAAUGUGUUGUUUUAAUGAUCGAAGACCAGUUGACAACUGGGAAAGGAGACCAAUUAAAGGCUGCACUGCCUGCCAAA